CGCAUUCUGGAGGCGGGUGCUACUACCCUGAAGCAGAACGCAAAUGACAGCAAGUUUUGCAAUUCUGCUCACGGUGAAUAUAAAAGAACGCCGGGCGAGUCACCCUACUUGAAUAAAUCAUCCUCCAACUGCAACGUCUACCACUCAUCUUAAAGCCAAUAAGCUAUCAAAUGACCGCUAUGCACUUCAUCAGCGACACGAUCGCCUUCGCUCUCCUCACUCUAUUCAGUCUCUGUGCCGUGAACGGACAGUGUAUUGGGGACGGCAAACAAUGCGACGUUGCAAAAUACUGCAAAUACACCUUCAACAAUUUUAAUUGUCAAAUGCCGAUUCCUGGAAAAGCCGCAUCAUUUAAGGAAUGCGUCUUAGAUGCCGGCUGCCCUUCGGGCUCAAAGUGUAUCAACCAACUUUGUUGCGAUGUGUCAGCAUUGAACGGCGAUAGCUCUGCUUGUCCGACGGGCCCCGAACUCGCCAGGUGCUGUUUUGAGCGCAACCUUGGAGCUGACGUGGGGCAACCUGGUAGUUUUAUCCUCGAGAAGCCCACAGCGCCCUGUGGAUGCCCGUCCCUCCAAUGAUAACAAGAAACCACAUCGCCUUGUCGGCCAUUUUCCGGUUCAAUGCUCAAAAUAGACUUUAGCUUGCUAGUAUACCUUCGUCACCCGUCAUCGUUUUUGCAGUUAAUGUCUGUGAUAGAAUCAAAAACUCAAGUUUAAUGUAACUGUCGUUGAAAAUGUCAU